CUCGUCCUUGGCAGGGAUCCCCAUGGCACCCAACUCCCAGGUCCCCCGAGGCGCUUUCUAGAGGUGUUGGCUUUCCUCAGAGUCGUCUCUGCGUCAGUAUCUCGCCGUGCCCGCGCCCAAAUCUGUCCUCUGGGGGCCGACCGGUGCCUCUCUAAGCCUUCCCUUGGCCCCCUCCCUGCCCCGCGAUUAAAGGCGCCUUCUGCAUCUGGCGUUGCAGUACUGUCUGUCGGAACAGUCCGUCUUGUCGCCUCCGUCGAGGAACCGUGGCUUAAAAGAAACGCUUACCGACACCUCCCUUUUCUGCGUGUGAGCGCAGACCGGCAGGAGCAAAUCCAUAAGGCGCAGCUUCCCCAUCACUCAGUCUGCUAGCCUUUUACCUGUUGAAACUGUUACACAGGAGGUAACCAAUUAAAAGGAAAAAGAAGCUGAGAUGUUGGCUUGACUGAAGAUGGCUUGUAUUACACUUGAAGAACUAAAUGAAAUGGAUUAUGAGGUCCAGGAUGAAGAACAAGAACAAGAUGAAACGGAACAAAAUAGGCUGUUUUCUCUGUGGGAAACAGUAGCCAACACUCAUCAAGUGAUGCUUCCUCAAGACAUGGCAGGUCCAAUAGUGCAGAUUACUCGCCAUAGCCACAUGCGAGAGCCUGUGCCCUACACUAUUUUAUCACAGCAUGAGAAAUGUGAGGAAACAACAUAUGAGGAACGUCUAUACCCAGCUGGAAAAUGGGCAUGCAUCACCAAAGGAGAACCCAAGUAUGAGCAGAGCAUGUCAAUGGGUUUCAUGAAACUUAUAAGAUAUAUCUGCAAAGAGAAUUCUCUAGGUCGGCACCUGGGAAUGACAGUGCCAGUGAUCAGUGAGAUCCACCUGAAUAAGGAGGGUACUGAAUUGGUCCAAAAAGUCAUCACUGCUUAUUAUCUUCCUCAGGAAUUUCAGCUUAAUCCUCCUUUCCCCAUGGACCCAGAAAUCCAAAUCCUAGAAAGAUCACCACUUCAGGUUAUCACCAGGGAGUUUUAUGGGCCAGCUACUGAGGAGACCAUCCUGCAAGAGAUUCACUUUCUUUGGGAGUUAUUGGGCUCUACAGAUAAAGUGCUCCAUGAAACAUACUUGGUGGCUGCAUACCAGAACCCUAGUGUACCCAAUCGUUGCAAUGAGAUAUGGUUUAUCCGGGGAACAGACUGAAAGCAUCAUGAAUUUCUGACAAGAUUAUAAUCCACUGAAUCCAGUUUAGAUGGCAGUUCUAGCCUGAAGGAGAUGAAUGCACUUCCCAACGUAUUCUAGGACUGAUGACCCACUCCUUUUCUUUGGGGACACUAAGAAGCUGGGUUCCGUCCUGUGAUUUCAGAAUUAAGAGAAAAACAAGAACAUGGAAAGGUAGUAUGGCUUUCUAAUGUCCCCUGAUGGAGUUGGCACUGGAAGAACCUGUGGAUAUCUGUUUCAGUGACAUUGACAUUUGUCCAUGCACAGUUGAGUUAAAAUGCAUCAGGAAUUGUAACUCUUCAGCAAUCCACUUCUGGUAUUUUAAAGGUCCUGAAUUCACCUGGAAAUGAAUUUGAAGUGCCAGUCUGUAGCUGGAUGGGACACAGGUCAUAGCUUUAGUUACUUCGAGAGAGAGAAUUUCAUUUCUGUGCAAGAGGCCAUCCCUUUUAGCCAUGUAUAUGAGAUGCUUCUAGUCAGCUCUGUUCCUUCAUGGUGACAUGGAGUAACUUCUGAGUUAAUCUGAGUAUAUUCUAGAAAACCCUUGCCAGGGACAAUGGCCUUGAAGGAGAUCAGGAAAAUCCACUUUCGUAGCAUACGUACCCUCCUUUUUUCAUAAGAGCGGUAUCACCUGUCCCUCUGGGACCUAUCCCCCAACUGGAUUUGUAUCUAUGGAUGCUUCCAGACUGUUGACUACCACUUUCAUCUUUCCCUCCUUAAUAGAUGUUUUUCUAGUAAGAAAAAUAAAUGGAGGCAACAGUGGAAAAAUAUAGGACACUUAUCAAUGGAAAAUGGGAUUAUAUGGACUCCUUUUUAUUCUCUUAAUGAAGCAAGGUAAUUGCACAAUAAAAGCCUUAUCUAGAAGCAUCCCAUCUUUUCUUGAUCAAGCAGGCCUAUGGCACAGUAUUCAUUGAGUGAGCCAUAUAUUUGCAAGUUAUAAUUGGCAGCAUUGUUGCAUUGUGCGUUGGUUGGUUGGUUUCAUGGUCAAGAAAUUGCUGUCUUCUCUGAAGCAGGAUGAUGGCACAGAGCAAAUGUGAAAUAAAAUCUAGCUCAAACCUC